GCGAACUCGGCCCGAGCCCGCGCUGUCCCCGCGCUGUCCCCGCGCUGUCCCCGCGCUGUCCCGCCGCGCGCCCUCGCGCCCCUGCCCGAGAAGCCGGGCGCUCGCCGCUGCUGCCCCACGGGAGAUGGCGAAGGUGGCCAAGGACCUCAACCCGGGAGUUCAGAAGAUGUCCCUGGGCCAGCAGCAGUCAGCAAGAGGUGUGCCUUGUUUGAAAUGCAAGGGGACGUGUUCAGGCUUCGAGCCACAUCCAUGGAGGAAAAUAUGCAAGUCAUGCAAAUGCAGCCAUGAGGAUCACUGCUUGAGCUCUGAGCUGGAAGACGAUCGGAAAAUUGGCCGCUUGCUGAUGGACUCCAAGUAUUCCACCCUCACAGCCCGGGUGAAAGGUGGGGACGGCAUCCGGAUUUACAAGAGGAAUCGGAUGAUCAUGACCAAUCCCAUUGCCACUGGGAAAGAUCCCACCUUUGACACCAUCACCUAUGAGUGGGCCCCCCCUGGAGUCACCCAGAAACUGGGUCUGCAGUACAUGGAGCUCAUCCCAAAAGAGAAGCAGCCAGUGACAGGCACCGAGGGUGCCUAUUACCGCCGACGCCAGCUCAUGCACCAGCUCCCCAUCUACGACCAGGACCCUUCUCGCUGCCGUGGACUUCUGGAGAAUGAGUUGAAAGUGAUGGAAGAAUUUGUCAAGCAAUACAAGAGCGAGGCACUGGGCGUGGGAGAGGUGGCCCUCCCAGGGCAGGGUGGUUUGCCCAAGGAGGAGGGGAAGCAGCAGGAGAAGCCAGAGGUCACAGAGACCACCGCCCCAACCACCAACGGCAGCAUCGGUGACCCAUCCAAAGAAUAUGUCUGUGAGUUCUGCAAGGGAGUGGCCCCCGCCGACAGCCCUGUGGUCUACUCAGACAGGGCAGGCUACAGCAAGCAGUGGCACCCCACCUGCUUUGUGUGUGUCAAGUGCUCCGAGCCGCUGGUGGACCUCAUCUACUUCUGGAAGGACGGUGCGCCCUGGUGUGGCCGUCAUUACUGCGAGAGCCUGCGGCCCCGGUGCUCCGGCUGCGAUGAGAUUAUAUUCUCAGAGGACUACCAGCGCGUGGAAGACCUGGCCUGGCACCGAAAGCACUUUGUCUGCGAGGGCUGUGAGCAGCAGCUGAGUGGCCGGGCAUAUAUCGUCACCAAGGGGCAGCUUCUGUGCCCAACUUGUAGCAAGUCCAAACGCUCCUGAGGGGCCUGCCCAUCCAUCCACAGCCAGAAUCCACAGGAUCCCACCAAGAAGGAAAGCCAGGUGUGCUGAAGCCAUCCUAAGGGUCUGAUGUGACAGCAGCAAGCAACAAAAACAGUGAUUUUUCAGCGGGAAUAUGUAUAUACAUAUAUACACACACACACACAUACAUACAUAUAUUCUAGGUUGGGUGGUGGUAGGUCCCUGAGGAUCAGUAGUUGCAAAACCAGAAAUGUUCUGAGAAGUCUUAGAAUGGAGUUAUUUUGUUGUUGUUGUUGUUUCCCAGCUACCGACUAAAGACACAACUGGCAUCCUGCAAGGAAUCUCUAGGAGUUUCCCAGAAUACAGUUCUGGGUGAUCAAAUCACAUAGCUGUAGAAUGUGCGUGCUUUCUUGUGAACGUGGGGGCUCCUCCAAGGAGCAGGCUGGGAUCCCAACAAUCGUUUGUGGCCUCCUUUUCAAAUGGAAUUUGAAUUUUAAAUAAAAACUUUUUUGGCAUGAUAAACGUAUCAAUAAAAGUUUUAUGUAGUUCA